ACAUUCUGCUUGUGUUAUAAAGGACAGUGCAGGGUUGAAACUGUGGAAGAGAAGAUGGUUUGUGCUGUCAAACUACUGUUUGUUCUACUAGAAAGACAGCAGAGAGGAGUGUGUGCUGGGCAGUAUUCCUCUACCAGCUACAACAUCCUGUUCUGCUCAACGAGGGGAAUGCAAGAACAGGAAGUAUACAUUCAAGGUGGUGCACCAGGGCAUGCGCUCGUACUACUUCAGCGCAGACACCCAGGAGGACAUGCUGGGCUGGGUCCGAGCUCUGGGCCAGGCCGCCGCGAUGGAGCAGGAGGGCACGCUCAACAGACGCUGCUGCAGUUACCAGGACUUCUCUCAGCUAGGGGGCAGCAGUGAGUCGGUGGCCAGCCCGUCCUCUGAGGGAGAAUGUUUCCUCCAGAAGCCCCGACACGUCAGCCGAACGUUGAGCGAACCCAGCCACCUAACGGGGGCGCGGGGCCCGCACCCCCACGCAGAGCAGCGGGCGAGACGACCGAGCCCCUCCCCCAGCAGGGACCGCUGUGGUCUGGAAGACUCCGCCUCCUGCGGAGGAUCCUUGACCCCUAGAGGUCAGCUGGGGUCGCGACCUCACACUCCAGUGGGAAGGGUGGACAUCCGGCCCCAGAACGACCCCUUCGUGACCCCGCAGCCCCUCUUCUACACCCCCCCCUCCCCCAAACACCAGUUCAGACCACACCCCCCCACCCCUGUCCUGGAGCGAUGGCUCAACAAGCCCGUAGCGACAUACGGUUCUGUCCACCACGGUUCCACCGGACGGAGGCCGCUAGCAAAGUCUCACUCCACGGGGGGGUUCCCGGAGGCCCUCCCCCCGUUGCCGCGGACGACCCGACUUGGACACGUCCCCCACCCCACCCAUCACCAUCACCACCAUCACCACGGCAACCAUGUGUCCGUGUGUGUGGUUCCCACGACAACGGCUGUGAAGCCGGAGCUGAGAGACACUCCGCCCCUCCGCCCACUAGAGACUGACGCAGACGCUGUUCUGACCAGGUUGUGUGGGUGUGACAAGCUGCUGCAGGCUCUGUCCAUGGAGCUGGCUCAGCUGCAGGUGGACAAGAUCUCUGUGGCCGUGUUGCAGGACAGUGUCCAGGUUGCCAUGGAGAUGGGCAGGAUGCAGGUUGCCGUGGAGACCAGCAGGAUGCCGCUGGAGGAGUGGAGGACCCAGGAUGCGGCCCUUUCCCAGAAGGCCUUGCUGCAGGAAGAGCUGGUCACUAUCCGCGCCAGGAUGUGUGACGUUUCUCUGGAGAUGGAGAGGGUGUGGGCUCAGUACGAGAGGAUGGAGAGUGAGCUGUCAAUCAUCAGAUCUCACCUGCAGCACAUCACAGACUUUGGAUCUCCUCAGCAUCAGUCCCAGGCUCAGAGGGACCUCUGGAUGAUGGAGGACGUCCUGUCUGCUCUGAAACCCAACCGGGACCACCAUUCUGCACUGCUGAGACUACACACACUAGUGCCCCCCGCGGUGAGAGACCAUCACACACACUCAACCUCCCCCCCUUCUCCGUCACAGACCCUGCAGAGCACAGCUCACAUGGGGGCGGAGCUAAUGGCCCCGACCCGCCCACCUCUCCCUCAGGAACUGCAGGAAGCCAAUCAGAUGAGGGCUCCACAGUACGACUGGACAGAUUCGUCCUAUGAGAGGAAUGAUGGACGUGGUGAUGGACGUAGUGAUGGGAGGAGCCAAGCAGGUGAGAGUCCACAACCUGUCAGGGUUCGGUUAUCGUCAUGUAUUUCUGUUGCCGAAUUUUCCAACCGUUCGGUUAUUUGAAACUCUUACCCAGAAACUUCCACUCAAGGUUCUUUGUUAAUCAACUGUAAAACUGCCAAACUCAUGAGAUGAGAACACAUUAUCUGUAUUUGGCCUUGUGGUUUUGACCAACAUUUCCAAGGCUUGUGGUUUUGUUUAGAUGUUCUAUUCUUCACUGCAUCGGGGGCCAAUCAAAACCAGGCUACCAUAAUACCAUGAUGAAUACAUGAACAGAAGGAAACACAAAUAGUGUUAUUACGUAACUGUGUUAAUACACAAACAUUGUGAAUCCAUGAACCCUGAGAUAACACAAUUAGAGUGAAUACAUAAAUAGUGUGAAUAAAUGAACAUUUUGAAAUCAGUGCAUUGAAAUUGUGAAUCCAUGAAUACUCUUGAGUACAUGAACAUUCC